AUGGGAGACAAGGACAAACUGAUUUCAGACGAGCCAAUCGGUCAAUCGAAAGUCAGAAAGCCGGAACAAAACUUCCGAGGACCUUGGUACUUGGCCAGCGGCUUCCUUUUGUUCUGGGCACUGCUUUUCUUUGCGGUUGUCUUGCCACUCUUCUACCGCCUUCCCAAGGCCUUGUCCAUCGAGGAUGCCUCCAAGGGCGUCUUCAUCGCCGAACGCGCCCACAACAAUCUUUACGAAUUUGACGAAAUCGGAACCAAAGUAGUUGGCAGCGAUGGUAAUGAGAACAAAACCGUCGAUUACCUGCUGGGAUUAGUGGCCAAGAUAGACGAGAAUGUCCUGGACGAUUUCUUCGAUAUUGAGGUCGAUCUACAGCAGGUCUCGGGAUCUUACAUCCAUUGGACCAUGGUGAACAAGUACCAGGGAGUGCAGAAUAUCGUCGUCAAGCUUAGUCCGAAGAACACCACGAGCGAAUCCUAUCUGUUAGUCAACAGUCAUUUUGACUCUAAGCCGACUAGUUUCUCUGCCGGCGAUGCCGGUCAAAUGAUUGUCGCGAUCCUUGAGGUCCUGCGAGUCAUGUCCACUACCAGGCAAACGUUCCGGCAUCCAAUCGUCUUUCUGAUGAACGGAGCUGAGGAGAAUCCCCUGCAGGCUUCCCAUGGUUUUAUCACCCAACACAAGUGGGCUAAGAACUGCAAGGGUCUAAUCAACUUGGAUGCAGCAGGUGGUGGAGGUCGUGAAAUCGUGUUCCAGAGUGGACCAAAUCAUGCCUGGCUAAUGAAAUACUAUAAGAACUAUGCCAAGCACCCACUGGCUACCAGCAUGGCUGAGGAAAUCUUUCAAACUGGUAUCCUGCCCUCCGACACGGAUUUCAGUAUCUUUGUUAAAUAUGGAAAUCUUAUUGGUCUGGAUAUUGCACAGUUCAUCAAGGGCUACUUCUAUCAUACCAAAUACGAUAGAUUCGCUAAUAUUCCCAGAGAAUCCAUACAAAACACGGGAGAGAAUUUGCUAAGUCUUGUGCGAGCCCUUUCCAAUGCCACCGAGUUGGAUAAUACAGCGGCUUACGCAACGGGUCACGCUGUUUUCUUCGAUUUCCUGGGAGUGUACUUCAUCAAUUACACGGAGAGCACUGGAGUAAUUCUGAAUUAUUCUGUGGCAGGAGCAGCACUUGUCCUGAUCUUUGUUUCUAUUUGGCGCACUGCGAGCAUUUCCUGUGUAUCCACUGGCUACGUUUUUAGCUGGUUCAUUCUGAUCCUAGUACUGCAGAUCGUAGCUUUUGUCCUGGGUCUGCUCAUUCCCAUAGCAAUAGCCUAUGUUUUCGACAAGUACGGACUCUCACUCACCUACUUCAGCACUCCGGCCUUGAUGAUCGGUCUGUACAUAUGCCCGAGUCUACUUGGACUGAGUCUGCCCUCAUACAUCUACCUGAAGUUACAGCGAAGCAAUAAGGUGCCAUUUGCUCAAAGACUGCAACUGGUUCUCCAUGGACACGCCGUAGUACUUGCUAUCCUGGGCAUUGGAUUGACAGUAUAUGGUCUGCGAUCCACUUAUGUGGUCACCUGGACUCUCAUCUUCUAUGUAAUUCCCUUGGCCAUUAAUCUACUGACCACUCUGCACGACCGCGGCUUCUCCUGGACUGGUGUGCUCAAGAUUUUCCAGGUCAUUCCGUUCCUUUACAACAGCUACCUAAUUUACACGUUCCUGGUGACCCUGAUUCCCAUGAUGGGUCGUUUCGGCAGAUCAACCAACCCAGAUUUGAUUAUCUCAGCUUUGAACGGUUUGGGAACCAUUUUGGCAAUGGGUUUCUUGAUUCCCCUAGUUAAUAUGUUCCGACGACCCAGCCUGAUCUUGUUCAGCCUUUUGGUUGUGAGUGCUUUGACCAUUUACACGGCAACCUCCACCCAAAUUGGUUUUCCCUAUCGACCAAGGACCAACGUACAGCGAUUACCAUACUUGCAUGUCCGACGAACUUUCUACGAAUACGAUGGAACAGUGGUCAAGGAUGACUCUGGCUAUCUGUUUAAUUUCCAGGAUCGUCGAGGACCGGCUCCCUUGAAGAACUCCAAGGUCAACCUGACUGGCUUGGUUAGCAUUGGCGAUGAUUGCGACAAGAUCAUGAUGUGCGGAAUGCCCCUGUACGAUCACCGUUGGGUCAAGAAUCAAAAGCAGAUGAUGUGGUUGCCCCGCGAGGAGCUCAUUGAUCCUCCAUAUGUACCGGUACUGGAGCUUUUGAAUAAAACAGAACUGGGAAACAACACAGUUCGCUUGGAAUUCAGGACUAAAACACCGGAUCACAGCAGCGUUUUUAUCAAACCAUAUGAGGACGUGAUCACAGUAAACUGGUCCUUACCUUCGGCGUACAUCGGACAACAGGCGACCUCUCACCUUUAUUUCUCAUAUGGCAAGAAUAAUGCACCAUUGACCUUUUUUAUUGACUUUUGGAAACAAGAUGGUGAUUUCAAUGUACCCCUUUCCCAGAUAGGACUAUCUGCACAUUUCAUUGGCGACAAAGGCGAUGCGAUCAGUCAAGAGUUUGCCAGUUUGCUUCCUUCAUUUUCAGCCUUAGUGGAAUGGCCAACCUCCUACCAAAGGUUCAUUUUCUAG